AUGUCAACCGCUAACCUCCGUCCCGUCGAAGGAUACGACAAACUCGCCGCGUUCAUAGAAGCCGACCCUGGCCUAGCGAUUUUCCGACGUUUCACAAAGCUUAAUAUUAAAAGUAUUCUCUAUUACCAAGCAGAGAUAGCGAACCUCGAAGAGGAGCUCGAAUUUCUCAUUCAGGAUGACAAGGACUCACAGGACGAGAAGAAGCAGCUGUAUCCCUUCUCCGUACGGGACCUAAAAGAGGGAAAUCCUACGCAAUGGUCGAAAUUUCAAGAAGCGCGGGAUUUGAUGGACAAGUUUAAUCAUGCUAUCAUUCAACAACGGGAGCUCAUGCGCCUCAGCACGCCAGAUAAAUGUGACUUGAGCGUGCUUCGAGAGUGGCUUGACCGGCCUGAAGGGGGAAAUAUGUUCUUCGAAACAGCUGCCGAGAUGGACGUCUACCACGAACGGAACGAUGGCGACAUGAUCGCCCUGUUUAGCAGACAUGAAGGUGUCGAUAAUCUGACUCGACUGAUUUUCAAUCGAGUCGUUCCUUGGUUUCAUAAGCGCUGGGGUGAGAAAUAUGAAAGCAAUGAAAAUGGCGCCUGGCAGUAUAGUGACAAGAAGAUCAAGGCGUGCACCCACUUCUUCAGUGUCAUUAUAGCCGCGGUGCUGCCUGCAUCGUCAAUGAUAGUAUUAUACUUCAUAAAGAAUACCGCUAUCAGAAUGGUCACCAUCAUGCUGUAUAACAUCGCCUUUUCCCUGGCACUGGGAUUGAUGGUCAGGGCUCGACGGGUUGAGAUCUUUGCCGCGGCUACUGCGUUUGCUGCGGUGAACGUGGCUUUGAUUUCGAACUCGGGGGACUGCCAAUGUUCAUGA